GGCGGCUGGAGAGGCGAGCCAAGUUCUACUGCACAGGACCAGCAAGGUUGCCGCCGACGCCGAGGCUACUUUUCAGCAUCUAGGGGCGGGGCCUGCGCAGAGGCGACGCGUCAGACCCUCCGGGCCGCAUGGAGGCGCUGUCGCCCCCUUAGCCGCGGGGCGGCGGCUCUUCCGUUUCCGGCGCGCUCCGUCGCCUGGGUCCCCAUCUGCCAGGGUCGGCGCCGCUCGCGGGCCUCCGCGCUAGGAAGAAAUAUCAAACUGACAAAGAAGAAAAGAAAAUAGAAACCAUGUUUCAAAGACCUGUUUUACAGGUACUUCGUCGAUUUGCAAGACAUUACUCUGAAGGAAGUACUAAUUUAGUUCUUGAACGAUCUCUUAAUCGUGUCCAGUUACUUGGAAGAGUAGGUCAGGAUCCUGUUUUGAGGCAGUCAGAAGGAAAGAAUCCAGUCACAAUCUUUUCUAUGGCCACAAAUGAAAUGUGGCGAUCAGGGGAAAGUGAUACAUCCCAACAGAGUGAUGUCAGCCAAAGAACUACGUGGCACAGAAUAUCAGUUUUCAGGCCAGGUCUUAGGGAUUUGGCAUAUCAAUAUGUGAAAAAAGGGGCUCGAGUUUUUGUGGAAGGGAAAAUAGAUUAUGGUGAAUACACGGAUAAAAACAAUGUGAGACGACAAGCCACAACAAUUAUAGCUGAAAAUAUCAUAUUUCUGAGUGACUACGUAAAAGAAAAGGAGUGAAAUGGGUGACUCAUUCAAAGCCUGUGUUGGGACAUCCUCAUUUUGAAAUCAUGUAUAAUCUUUGGAAUUGCUUUUGACGAGAAUUAAAAUGCAUUUUUACAUAUAUACAUAUGAACAAAAAGCAUUUUAUUUUUUCCUUGUAUUGUGAACAUUGGGUGACCUAUUCUGUAUCUUAUUCACUGGUUCACAUUUUUAAAGUAUAAAUUGUAUACACAAGCAUA